AUGUCCGCCCACCGUACGUCUCGCGCCUGCGACGGCUGUCGAAUCCGCAAGGUCAAAUGCGACGGGCAGCAGCCGUGCCACCAGUGCGUCCACUUUGACGUCCAAUGCGUCGUCACGCCCGCCAGCAAGCGCAAGAACCCGAUCCGCGGCCGGCUCGUGGCCAAGGUGCGCGGCGAGGAGCACCACCACCACCACCCGCACGAGGCGGGCUUCCAGGACGACAGCGGCCACUCGCCCAACUCGCCAUCCGACGCACGCAAGUCAGCCGUCUCACCUGGGUCGGCAUCAUUCAGCCCUCGCGCCCUGUCGCUGUUCGACUCGCUGGCCUCGUCGACAGCCUACACACCAGCCUUUUUCGUCGGACUGCUUCCCCAGUUCGAGAAGCUGGUCUACCCGGUGAACCCAAUCCUCGACACAAAAGACGUGGAGAGCGCCAUUGCCAACAUGCACGACAGCUUCGAGGACGCCGCCUUGGUCCACGCCUACGGGGCCGUCACCACCUUCCUCGCCCAGCCCGACAACAGGGUCUCCGGUCUCGCGAGCGCCCAGGUUAAUGAGAUGAUGCAGCUGAGCCUUGAGGCGCACAAGCGCGCCGAUCUCCGCAUCGGACCCAACGGCCAUCUCAUUGAGGAGUCCCUUGUCAGCAUCAAGCGCAUCACCACCUGCAUCUACCUCGAGAUCGCCAUGAUGGCCUUUAAGCGCUUCGAUCGCAGCUUCGCCCUGCUGCGGGAGGGUAUCACCAUGCUACAGACGCUCAAGGCCGACGAUGCGAUCCCGCAAGGCACCCAACGACCCAAGUUCCAGCGACUGUACUGGGAGGCCUUUAUCCACGAGCGGUUCCUCACCAUGCAUUCUGGCUACCCUGCCAUCCUCACACCUCUCGUGGGCCUCCCGGACCACGACGCCAGCUUGCCGCCCAGCAUCCAGGUCGGCUUCAACCGGCUGAUCAGUCUCUUCCGCAUCAUGGACCGUCGCUUCGUGGCUUAUCGCGUCAACGAGGAGGCAGACGACGAGAGCAUACCCGCGCUGGACGUGCACUGGGUCGAGAGCCGGCAGGCCGAACUCGACGCGGACGAGCACAACGCCGAACAAGCCGAGAUUAUGCUCAGGAUGAGUGACGGCGCCGGCCUCAGCGAGUCGCAACACGCCGACAUUUACGUCACGAGGCUGUGGAUGCGGACCGUCGUCUGGCAGCUCGCCCUGUCGCGCGGCCUAUUACGUUCGGUGCCGACGACGCACGAAGCACUCUCCCUGCACUUCCCAGCGCAGCGGCUGUCCACGCAGCUCCGGACGCUUGUGCUCCGGCUGGAUAGCAUGGCGAGCAUCAGCACGCAAGGCAGCGGCAUUGUGCAGAAGCUCUUUGAGAUUACAAACACCAUUGCCGACGUCCUGACCCUCCCCGUCGGGCCCGACAAGGUCGAGACCGAGUUGACAGCCCAAGUACGAGAUUUGGUCUUCCUGGUCCAUUUCUUACUCGGCCUGGAGCGAAUCCGCGACGACCAGAGGCAAUAUCUCCUACACAAGGUUCGUUUACUCAAAGAAAGACACCCAAGUGUCGAGAUGCGAGGUGUUACAUGA